UCCAAGACACAACCAUAGUUAUCAUGUCUCACAUAGCUGUCGAGAGGAACCGAAGAAGACAGAUGAAUGAACAUCUCAAAGUUUUAAGAUCGUUGACCCCUUGUUUCUAUAUCAAAAGGGGAGAUCAAGCAUCUAUAAUAGGGGGUGUCAUAGAAUUCAUCAAGGAGUUACACCAAGUUCUUCAGGCUUUGGAGUCCCAGAAAAGAAGAAAGAGUUUAAGCCCUAGCCCUGGUCCGAGUCCACGAACACUUCACCCAAAUUUUCAUCAACUUGAUAGCUCCUCCAUAGUUGGGUCCAAUUCUUUCAAGGAACUGGGAGCAAGCUGCAACUCUUCUGUUGCGGAUGUUGAAGUCAAAAUCUCUGGUUCAAAUGUCAUCUUGAAAGUCAUCUCCCAAAGAAUUCCGGGUCAAGUUUCAAGGAUCAUAACUGUUUUGGAAACUCUUUCCUUUGAAGUUCUUCAUCUCAACAUCAGCAGCAUGGAGGAGACUGUCCUUUACCAGUUUCUCGUCAAGAUAGAACUGGGAUGUCAACUAAGUCUGGAGGAACUAGCAAUGGAAGUGCAACAAAGCUUCUGCUCAGAGGCUAUAACUAUGCUGUGAAGAUAUAGCAAAUCAAAAGAAAUCCAAUUUUCAAUCGUUUGUUAUAAUAAAAGAUAGGCAUGUCAUAUACAUGCACAAAAACCACUUACUAGCUAGGGUUAUUAUUAUAUCAUAACCGCUGUCAUAAACUUCAUGACAUGGAAAAUAUUCUGCAGCUUUAUAUAUUUGGUAAUAUACAUGCAUGAUCUUUGCCCAUGAACUGAAUGGUUUCAUCAGGUAUUAAUGCCAACGAAAGGAAUUUCUUAUGUUAAGUGUAAUAUUUAUUUUAGAACUACGUACAAGUUUAUUAGAA